GUAGGGGAAAUGCAGCACCACCGGAUGCCAACCGCCGUAAAACUAGAAGAAGACGACGAAGAAGAAGAAGAUGAUGGAGGAAAGCGGACACCCCUCUUGUGAGAGUGACACCACCACACACCUUCAAGGCUCUGGAGAUGCACCGAUGAGUACUAUGAACUUGUAUGCCACUCUCGGGCUUUCGCCUGAAGAUGUGGAUGCCCUGGCCCAGAUCCCAGAGAGUGAGAUAAGUGUGGAGACUUUGCCCAUUCUCAUAAUGCAGCUGAAGGCUAAACGAGCCCAAGAAGAAGCGAGGCAGCGAGACGUGUCCCCUAAGAGAGAGAUUAAGAAAGAGCACGCUGAUUCAAGAGACGAUCGUAAAGAAGUCAGUCCCACCUACCCAGAGCCCCACCGGCCAAACUGCCAUGGGGACACAGACUAUAGGAGAGUGGUGAGCUACAAGCGAUUGGAACGGCCAGAAAAGAUGGAGGGGAGGAGAGAUUCCCGUCACUCCAGGCCCCCAAGAGACAAGCUUCCAGAAGGCCGGCCAAAGUUUCCAAUGUCCUAUGAAGUGGAUGACUUCUGUGGAGUUACGCCCAAGGAGCUUCCACACAAAUGCUCUCUGUGCUUAUGCAUGGUCAAUUCUAAAACGACAUGGACAAGCCAUCUCCAUGGACUGCGCCAUGCAGAGGGGAAGCGAAGAAUAAUGCGUUUAUAUCCAGAGUGGGAAAUCCCUGAGAGCACAAACAUGCCAGAUAAUGAUGAUCACUCCCCCCCCAGGAAAGUGCCCCGCCUUUCAGUGCCGUUCAAGAAACCACACAGCUCGGAUCAACUCUCAGGAGAAGCUUGGCCCCUACAAAAAAGACUUAAUUUAAAGCCCAAGACUGGUACAAAGGUGGUGGUCACAAAGUAUCCUCUCGGUGUUGUCAGUGUUGAUCACUUGCUGUCUUUGGCAAAGCCGUAUGGUACAGUCGUCAAACAUCUUGUGUUCCCCACUAAGGGCUUCCUGGAGUUCAGCUCACACAAGGAGGCAUUUAAUAUGGUGAAACAGUUUGGUGAAAAACCGUCUUAUGUGAGGAAUCACAAGUUGACCAUGUACUUGUCACCAACCGUGUGCAGUAUUCAUACACCGAGACUGGAUGAACCAGAGACGCGGCACUCCAAACGUGUGAACAACGCUGUGGUCUGUUUCUCUCAUCUGCCUUCAGGGAAAGAGCAGGAAGCUGAAAUUCUUGAAUUGGCCAAGAUGUUUGGAAGUGUGCACCAUUCAACAUUUUCAAGUGACCAGGCUCUGAUUGAGAUGGUAGACUGGAAGGACGCAGACAUCAUGGUGAAGUACUACCGCUCCAACCCCCUGAAGAUCAAUGGGAAAGGUGUCAAAGUCAGCUUGUCGUCAUCAAGAAAGAGGAUAAGAGAAAGUCCUGAAUCCACCACAUCCAGAAGAGCAGACUCCAGCAAAAGCCACUGCAGCAAGCAUAAAAGCGCAGAGACUGGAGAGACUGAAGAGAAAAACAUGGUAGACGCACAACCUGCCGAGGAAAUUGUGAAAGUUAAAGAAGAAAGCCAUGAAAGCACCUUGGAGGAUCACAAGGAAGACUACACGGAGUCAGAAAACGUUCAACUAGAGGAAGAAGAGGGGAUGAUGGUGGAAGAUGAACAAAGUUUGUUAGAUGACAUCGAUACAGAGACUGGUGCCGAUGAUAAUGUUGAUAAAACUGACAGUUGCAAAAGCACUUCACCCGUGACAGAUGCUGAAGAGAAGAAAGGACUAGAAAACGUUGAACCAUCUGACAAAAGUGUAACAGAUUCGGAUCAAAAGGCUGCCAAUGAUCCAAAUCUUUGCGAUCACGACGACACGAUGGAGCAGGAGAUCUUUCAUGAAGAUGAUGAGGACGUGGACGACAUGAAUUUUCCCGAGAAUAUUGAUGAUUUUGUUACGCUGGAUGAACUUGAUGACGUCGUGGAAGAAGACGAAUCUUUAGGUUCAGACAAGGCACAGGUUGGUGGGUCUGUUGGAAAACAAUAUUGUGCUAGUCAAUGUAAUAAGUUGAUGACAUACUUUGUUCACGGUUCUACGUCAAUUCAGUUGUGUAAAUUAUUUCUAUUUACUGGACUCUUGUUAUUGCAGGUUGGGACGGUGGUUCUUGUUAAGCCUAUCAGAAGAUCCUACGGCCUGGAAGAUGCCCUCUUCCAACUGGCAAAGCCUUUUGGAAAGGUGGUCAACCACGUCAUAUCCUUCUACAGGGAUGAGGCGCGGUUAGAGCUGGAAAGUUCAGAGCAAGCUCAUGAAAUGGUGAAUGCCCUUAGAGACCAAAGGAAAUCGCAGCUUUUCGGGAAACAUGUCAGUGUAGUCAUGUGCAGAGAACUAAAGGAUUUAAAGGAUGGGAAGGUGGUUAUUAUUCAGCGCAUCAGAAGAGCCUACGGCUUGGAAAAGGCCCUCUUCAAACUGGCAGAGCCUUUUGGAAAGGUGGUCAACCACAUCGUAUCCUUCUACAGGCAAGAGGCGCGGUUACAGAUGGAAACUUCAGAGCAAGCUCAUGAAAUGGUGAAUUCCCUUAGAGACCACAGGAAAUCGCAGAUUUUCGGGAAACAUGUCAGUGUAGUCAUGUGCGGAGAGCUAAAGGAAAUAGCGGUGCCUAGUGGGAGAUCCAUCUACAUUGGCAUGCUACCGAUCCAGAAAUACUCUGACAUCUCACUGUUGCGGCUGGCCCAGCCCUUUGGGAAAAUCACUGCUUAUAGCCUGAACUGGCGGCAUAGAAAGUGCUACAUCCAGAUGGAAACGGUGGAAGCAGCUCAGAAGAUGCUGAAGAAGUACGAGUUGCGUUCUCCAAGGUUCUACGGCACCACAUUGAAGAUCUGCCUGUGUAGGAAGGGGGAUUCACUUAUACCAUGGAAACGUCCAGUCAAGUACGAGCUGUGGCUGGCCCGGAAGAACAGCGCUAAGGCUCUUCAAGAAGAUCAAGGGGGCGAGGGGACAGGUGUCCAAUCCUCUGCAAGUUCCACUACCCGACGGAGUUCCAUGGAGGAGGAUGGAUCGAUGUCUGAGAGUGAAGGGAUCUGUGGAGACCCUGAGUGUGACCAGGCUGAUGCAGCCAGUGAGGACCUUGAGCAGGAGGAACCUCUAGGUCCUUAUCAACCCAACAAGCCUGUGGGGUUAGACUAUUUGGUACAAAGAACUGGAUUAUUCUGCAAGUUGUGCAACAUGUUCUACACCAACGAGAAAACAGCCAAAUCUGUCCACUGCAGCAGCAAGGAACAUUACGAAAAUCUGAAGAGAAAAGUAGAGGGAGAGAAGCAGCCUUUGGCUGAUUGAGAUGACUGGUAUCCUAUUCGUAUAUCCUACACUUCACAGUGGAAGACCUGCCUUCUAAACGUAUCGGUUUAUUUUGUUGACAUUCCUUCAUGUACUGAUGACAUGAUUUGAACCCAUCUGGAGAAUGGGUGCUGUGAAGCCAUAUUGAGUAUAUAGAUCUUAUUAUAGUACAUGUGUAGUGACCUUGAUCAGUUCUUUUCAAAACAACAAAAUAAAACAUUUAUGAAACACA